CGGGCUUCCUCUUCCCAGCGCUGGUUAAAAGUAUUCUCGCUUCCACGAUGCUGACUAGCAACGCGCAUGGCGGUGGCUGCAGGAGCAGCAGUCGCCUUUAAGGCAAGAAAAAGCAGCCUGGGGCUUUGCUCUCUCAAGAGGCGGCAACGGGGGGAGCCCUGGAAGUUGCAAAUGGGGUUCAGAGGGAGACCCCCGUAGGAAAGAGCGAAGGGAGAAAAUACUCAACAGACCCAGCAGGGAGGAAGUGCCUGAUCUGGUUGCAGGACUAAGUCGGGGGUCGUCGCCUUUGUGGUGCAAGCCCCUCCUCCUCCUCCUCCACACGCUUCUUCCCCCACAGCCCGCAAACGUCCCUCUCUCCUCGCGGGUCUCCCGCCCGCCGCCUUUCUUGCGCCCUCAACCUAGCCCCGGCGCCGGCAGAAGGACAAGUCCGCCAGCCGGUAAGGAGCCGGGCCUCUCCAAACUCUGGCCAAUGCCGUGGCAAAGCGGAGGCGGGCCUCUCCUUCGCACUAAGUUCGCGUGUGCCGCUCACUGUAUGUGGCGGCGGCGGCGGCGGCUGCCGCUACGUCUUCCGCUGGUCUCCCCCUCUCUCUUUUCUCUCUGCCGGGCCGUGGGUUGGAGUCGCGGAUUCAGCAUCAGGGGGCGGGAAUUUCCCAUCAUGCUCUAGGCGGGCGGCCCGGGUGAUGAGCGGGCAUUGCGUCUGAGAAUGACACCAGCGCAGGACUAGGCCCCUACAACAUAAAAGGGGGGGAGGGACAACCGCCUCCGGGGCCAUUUUUGUGGGGGGGGGCAAGGGUGUAGAUAGAAAUCCCCCCUCAGUUUAAGGAUAGGCCUCCCUCAGCCUGACACAGCCUGUGUGGAAGCGGGGCCGGAGGGGGGCAGGGGCGGCUCUCGCCAUCAUCACCUGAACCACCAGCGAGAGGGAGGAGGAGGAGGAUCGUCCUUUGGGUACCUGCGUGAGGCCUCCGUUCCCAUAUCACAAUGAAGAGUGCCCGUGGUAGCAGCUCUUCCUUCCAGGGUGCCAGUGCCAAUGGUGUGGAUCUCAGUCUUACAGGGCUGCCCAUGCAAGUGCUUCAGCGCCCAAGCAGUGCCUCUCCAGGCAAGCACAUUGCUCGCUCCAUCUCCGUCAUUACUGAAAACAAGCCCAAGAGGAAUAUCCUAGAAGAUGCAGGGCAUGGCACCUCCAGAGCUAUGAACAACUUACGAAGAUCCAAUAGCACGACUCAGGUUAACCAGCGUGUGAACGGUGCCUUUAGCAGUGUAGAGCAGCACGGAGACUUCCUGACUUUGUUUGAAAGCAGCUCAGGUGGAAGAAAGAAACUAGCAAGUCUGAGCAAAGUCUCCCCGGAAAAGAAAACAACAUGGAACAUCCUGGAUGAGCAGCCCAGAACAUUUCCUGUCCCAUCCGGCACUCAAGAGGCCCCUGCAGGCAUGAGGAAGAAAGAAAUCUAUGUGCCACUUGCAGCCAACUUCACUGCAAAUAACAGGAGUAACAAAGGUGCAAUGGGCAACUGUGUAACCACCAUGGUGCAUAAUAACUACUCCACUGCGGACAAGGCAGCUGCGCCCAAGAGCUCCAACCAGGCCACAACGUCCCUCAAUAACAUUAUCAAAGCCACUUCCAAUGAAGACACUGAGAGUAGCAGCUACAUGAAGUCCCAGAAAAACUUUUCCAGCAGCAAUAUCCUGUCUCGGAACAAUAAUAACAGCAGUAGCAGUAACCCCCUCAGGAGGCAGGAAGUAUCGGAGGAGGAGGCUGAGCGGUUCAUUAACCAGGUCAACCUGGCCGCUGUGAUGAUACAGCGCUGGUACAGACGGCACUCGCAGAGGCACAAGGAAGGUGCAGCCCAGCUCGGGCGCUUAUUAGCUUCCAAAAGAGAGGAAAGGCAGCAGCAACUCACAGAGGAGGGCAACAUGUUGGAUUUGCAGCGGAGGCGAGACGAGGAGAGGAAGAAGAUUCGAGAGGAGAAGGCGCGUCUUGCCAGACGAGCAGCUAUCCAGGAGCUACAGCAAAAAAGAGCCCAGAAAGUCUUGGAUACGCAACGCUUGGUUGAGGAGGAGCUGGCAGCAAUGAAAGAGAGCAAGAAAACCAGAAGAAGAAAACCUGAGAAGGCUGGCUCUGUGAAGAACGCUAGCCCUGCCAACAGCAUCAUCAAAGCCAACAAUGCAGAUGCCAACUUCCACUUGGCAGCUGCAGAUACAGAAGAACAUACUGCUGGGGCUUGUCUGUCUGUCCCAGGGCAAAACAAACUACCUGAAGAUCAGCCGCAGGAUGUCAGCUCUGGAAAGAUGGGCAGUGAAGACUUGGAGACUAUUAUCACUGCAGCCAGCAGAGCACAGUCCAAAGUGACCCUUAAUGAGCUACUGGAUACCUUAAAGUUGUUGGAGGAGGAGCCAGAGUUGCCACCACAACCCAGGGCCUGCAAAGAAGAUAAAUACGCUUGGGUAGAUGGGGAGGCUGACUCAAAUUCUCUCACUGCUGACAACCUGGAGAAGUUUGGGAAACAGAACUACUCUCCGGGAGUCCCUGAGGAAGGCACGCUGCUCUCGGAAGCCAAACUUCAGAGCAUCAUUAGUUUCUUGGAUGAGAUGGAGAAAUCUGAGCAGGAGCGACCUAGGUCUGCUGCCUCUGCUUCACAGCGAGAGGGGCUCUUGUCAGAAGAAGAGCUAGCUCACCUGGAGCAGGCAUCAGCAGUUGCCACAGAGGUUACCAGCUCCAUCAUGAGGCUGAAGCUGGAGGUAGAAGAGAAGAAGAGAGCCAUCACAUUGCUACAGACAGCACUGGCACAGCAACGGGAGCUGACUGUACGUCAUGUCAAAGGGACAGAGAAAGAGCUGAGCCGCCAGCUGGCACUACAAAGGGAGCAGUAUGAAGCAGCUAUCCAACGGCACCUAGCCUUCAUUGACCAGCUGAUUGAUGAUAAGAAGACUCUGAGCGAGAAAUGUGAAGCGGUGGUGACUGAAUUGAAACAAGUAGAUCAGAAAUACAUGAAGAAAAUUGCCCAGAUGCAGGAGCAGCAUGAGCUGGUUUGGCGCACUCUGGGCCCCCUCUGUGAGGAAAUAAAGAAGCUGAAGGAACUCAUGAGUGCCACAGAAAAGAUCCGCCGGGAGAAAUGGAUUGAUGAGAAAACCAAGAAGAUCAAAGAGAUCACUGUUAAAGGUCUGGAGCCUGAGAUUCAGAAGCUUAUUGCUAAGCACAAGCUAGAGAUCAAAAAGCUGAAAACGCUGCACGAAGCAGAGCUGCUACAGUCCGAUGAGCGGGCAGCCCAGCGCUACGUACGCCAGACGGAGGAGCUGAGGGAGAUGCUGGAGCAUGAGAAAGAAGAGCAGGGGCAACGAGAGAGAGAGCUGGCAAGGCAACGCAUAGGAAAUCAUUGCUCCCGCUUCUUCCCCCUAAACCUCAGGCCAAACCAAGGAUACAGCACCCUUGGUGAGACCCUCUCUGAAAGAGUCCCUCCACACAGGUACGAGAAACAACUGGAGCAGGAGGAACAGGCUCUGCAGCAACAGAGGCGCCGACUGUACAAUGAGGUGGCCGAGGAGAAAGAAAGACUCAACCAGCAGGCAGCCAGGCAGAGGACUGAGUUGGAGGACCUGCGGCGGCAACUGGAAGAGAACAGCUCUGUUGUUACCAAAGCUUUGAAGGAGGAAUAUAAGAAAGGGAAGGAGGAGCAAGAGCGACGCCAUCAGGCAGAGGUGCAGGCCUUGAAGGUGCAGCUGGAGAUGGAGAAGCAGGCCUGGGAGGCCAACUACCUGAAGAAGGAGGAGGCCUGGCUGCUCACUCGGGAGCGAGAGCUGAGGGAAGAAGUGAGGAAAGAGAGGGACAAGGAGAUUGAACUGGUCAUUCAGCGGCUAGAAGCUGACAUGUCCUCUGCUAAGGAAGAGUGUGAGAGAGCCACAGAGAACAGAAUAAAGAGAUUGCGGGACAAAUAUGAAGCAGAGCUGCAAGAACUGGAACGGUCAGAACGCAAACUCCAAGAGCGCUGCAACGAGAUGAAGGGACGGCUCUCGGAGGCAGAAAGCGAGAAUUUUCAUCUGCGAGGUCUGCUGCGGCAGAAGGAACAGGAGACAGAGGAUAUCCGAAAGGUAGCGGAUCAGCUAAGUCAGGAGCGCAGCAGCCUCUCAGAGGUCAUCCGGCAGGAAUUUGCAGAUCGGCUGGUGGGCACAGAGGAGGAGAACAAGCUGCUCAAGACAGAAAUGGCUGAGCUUCGUGCCCGGCAACGCUUGGAACUGGACAGAGUGAGGAGGGACAAAGAGGAGGAGCUGGAAGAAGUGCAUAAAAGAGUGAAGACAGCAAUUGUGAAGAAAGAGGAAGCAGUGAACAGCCUUCGAAAACUACAUGAGGCGGCUGUGAAGAGGGCAGACCACCUAGAGGCCCUUUUGGAGCAACAGCGUAAGCAGCUGCUAGCAGCCAAGUAGCAGCUGCACCGGUACCAACAGCCCUGCAAGGGCAGAGCCAGUGAUCACGAACAGCAAAAGAAAUGUGCCCGUCGUGAUCCACAAGAGACUUAAGAUAAAAUGAACACUAAUUGUAUGUGGGUUGGGGAGGGAUCCCCUCUCCCCCUUUUUAAAAAAAUUAUUUUUUUUAACCUGUUUCUUUACUUGUGCCUGAGAUAUGACCUCUGGGUGGUAUCCCAGUUCUUGCCAAUGUAUUUUAACAGUAAAUCCAGCUGAUUUGUAAGA